AUGACUUUACCUACAACACCUACUCCCGCCCCAUUCGCGACCAAUGUUCGCAAUGCCAUUACUUAUCUGCGAGACUCAUCUCGUAGUCUCUAUACAAACUUGAGCAACAGAAUCUUCCGUCCGCGUCAAACUCCCUCAAUUCCGACACCAGCUCCUUCCGAAGAUAGUAGGCGAACUCCAAAGCGCCGUCGACUUGACCGCGAAGAGAAUGGCCCAUUCACCCCUACUGAAAUUGUGGAUGACCUUAUGGACAUCGAUGAUCCUGUUGCUACUGUACCUACCGGCUCAUCGACGAGCGAACUAGAAACAUCACCAUCUAUAUCUCCUGUAAUUUCGCCGAACUCCGCAGCCGCCAUAGCCUCUGCCAGAAGAGCUACGCGACUAUUUCCUUAUAGAAAGAGCCUCGGCCUACCGAGUGACUCACCGAAUGGCUCACCGAAUAGCUUACCCAGUGACCCGACUAAUGUGGUAACUCCACCCCCUUCGCGCCGAGAGAAGAAGCCGGUCCAAGAGGAACAUGUACCUGAACGGACUUGGGGACCUUUGCCUGCUCCAAAAUAUGCGAGCAUCCAGGAGUUCUUCGCGCACGAUGACGAGAUAUGCCUGCCUGGUUUAGAACGCUUGCGGCUUACGCCGAAUGAUAUCAAGAUAUAUGAAUUAGAUUCACAACGCGAAGAUCGACUGCGCAUUGAGGAGGAGAAGGCCGAGAAAGAACGUCAGGAAGAACUUCGUAUCGAAGAAGAACGCUUAAAUGAGGCACUGCGCCCACUCGGGUUACGGAGACCGAAGGCACCCCUCAUUACUCCUCUCAGCGACGAGUGGGACCAGAAAGCUAGAAAUGCGCCGAAUGGUGGCAAAACAGAGCCGAACAAAUGGAGAGGUGCGCGCCAUCGAGACGGCGUAGACCUCACGGAACGAGACUUCGCGAAACUAGUACCCGUAGGAUCAUGGCUAAAUGAUAACGCCAUCCAAUCAACUUUAGUCCAUCUUGCAACUUACGUUAAUGAUGCAGCUGGCAUUGUUCCCAAGCAAAUGACACCAAAAUGUGUUGCGCUCUCGUCUCAGUACUGGUCCAAUUUCUUACGCGAUCCUAAAAAUAAUGUCUACACCCGAGGGUUGGACCGAAAUUGGGGCAUGAAACCAACCAACUUCCUCGACAUUGAUACGGUUCUCAUCCCAGUUAAUAAGGAUAACCACUGGACCGUCCUUGUCGUCCGACCAUCACGUCGAACAGUCUCUUAUGUUGACUCAUUCCAAAUAGAGGGAACGGGGCACAUACGUAACGUCCACACCUGGAUGAGCUACUUUCUGGGCGACAAAUAUGUUGCCGAUGAGUGGCGCAAAGAGUAUUACAGGGUGCCUAGGCAGACGAAUGGAUACGACUGCGGUAUGUUUGUAAUUACAAAUUCUAUCUACCUAUCCCUCGGUAUAGACCCGAGCGGUUACUCGGAGAGCGAGAUGCCUCUCCAGAGACGGAGAAUCGCCGCGAUGCUCCUGAACGGCGGUUUUACCGGGCCGUUCGACUUAUCACACCUCUAA